GGAUCUUCCGUGAACGGAGCCAAACCAUAGAAACGUGCCAUUGUUAUGAUAAUGCUGAACUUCACUACCUUCCCCUCAGAGGAGGACGGAGUCUGAGGAGGAGAAAUUUGUCUCAAUAGGUGUUUUGUCCACGAUGGCACCGGAAAACUGACGACAUAAAAACGACGAGGUUUCUUUGAAUCAACCAGGACGAGCUCUACAACCCUGGAGACAUUAUGACUUCGGUGUGACCGCCCGCUAAUGGGGGCCUCUCGAUGGUGCAGUUCAUCCGUAAAACCUCCUUCCUGUGCUUCUCUAGUGGGCACACUGUGCCUCCUGUCGUCCGUCAUGCCUGCGUCUGCCUGCCCUAAGACCUGUCACUGCACGGAGAGAAACGGCGUGGUGGUGCAGUGCACCUCGCGCAACCUGGAGAGCAUCCCGCCGAACUUGCCCCAUGACACUGUUGUCCUCUUGCUUUCGUCCAACCGCAUCAAACACGUCACAAAGGAGGCGUUCAUAGACCUCCGCCGCCUCAGGGAGCUGGACUUAUCUCACAACGCCAUCGAGAGCGUGGAGGCCGGCGCCUUCCAGGGGAUUUCAGAAGGCCUGCGGAGCUUGGAUCUUUCAAACAACCACCUCAGCAGCCUCCCGAAGGACACGUUCGCCAAGCUCCACGCUCGCAUCCGCCUCUCCCACAACCCCUGGCACUGCGAGUGCUCUUUGCAGGAGGUGCUGAGGGAGCUGAGGCUGGACCCCGAGACCAUCAACGAGGUCAGCUGCUACACGUCGGUGCAGGAGGAGUACGUGGGACAACCGGUGAUCCAGGUCCUGGACUCGGGGAUCAACUUUUGCAACUUCCACCACAAGACGACAGACGUGGCCAUGUUUGUGGCCAUGUUCUGCUGGUUCUCUAUGGUGACGGCGUACAUCAUUUACUACAUCAAACACAACCAGGAGGACGCCAGGAGGCACAUGGAGUAUUUAAAGUCGCUGCCCAGCACCUCGCACGUCAGCAAGGACUACGACACGGCCAGCAGUGUGCUCUAG